AUCGUUAUCCUCUUUGAUAGAUGACGCCAGAAAAGAGUGUCCUCGAAUAGAAUAAGGCAAGAAAAGUCCUUAAAGUGAGUAGAAAAAGGACACUAAAAAUAAUUGGAAAAUGUGCCAAAUCACUCCACUACACAUGGAGAUCGCCCAUAUCCCACACAUAUUAUACAUACCAUGCUUACAAGGCUUUGAGUUGAGUGGAUUAACACCAUCUCAUUUCUUCAAUCCUCUUCACUUUUCUGCCCUGAGAAAAUAGGAGAAAUUUCUUAGGGGCUCCCAAGAUUUCAGCUGUAACACCAAGAGAAAAACUGUUUUUGAAGUUGGAUUUAAGUUUUGCAGGAAAAGAUGUUAGAAGGGAAAGCUUUGAUAGAAGACACAGAUAUGCCACUGAAGAUGCAGAUCCAAGCAAUGGCCUCUGCUUCUCAGGCUUUGGAUCUCUACGAUGUUCUUGACUGCAAAUCCAUAGCUGCCCACAUCAAGAAGGAGUUUGACAAGAAGUAUGGGAGUGGAUGGCAGUGUGUGGUGGGAUCCAACUUUGGGUGCUUUUUCACUCACUCCAAAGGGAGCUUCAUAUAUUUCACACUAGAGACUCUCAACUUCCUCAUCUUCAAAGGUGCUUCUUAGUGAUAGAGAGGGAAGCUGUGUUAGGACUAUAGGAAGGAAGACAACAUUGGUGUUCAUUUUCUUUUUCUUUUUUUAACUUUUUCUGUUAUUGAGGAGCUCCUUUUGAUGUUCCUCAUGUGCAGAAGCUUAGGUUGUAACAAAAUAUGAUGUACUGCUCUGGGCUUCUUCAUGAGAAAGAAUUUGACUGAGUUUGUAUAA